GGAAAGUAACAUCUCAAUUGUAUACGGUGGAUUUCUUUGACAUCCAAAUCAUUUUCUGAAUUCCAAAAGCCUUUCUCUUUGUGUGUUCAAGUGUCGCAGUUGAAAGUAAAGGGUUAGUCGAAACGUGCGGGUAACAGCCAACCAUGGAGGGAUUCCUGUUCAUUCAAGAAACGGGGUAUAAACCCCAGGAGAAAAGAACUAGAUCUGAUAUAAAAAUGCACGUCGCGGAUCGGUUAGUCAUGCAGAAGCGAAUGAGGCAGAGUAAAAGGGGGGAGGGAAAGAGAAAUCUUCGUGCUGCUGUUAGCCGGGAUGAAGAGGAGGAGAAUGACGAGUGAGUAUUCCAUGCAUUAUUUGAAUUAUUUUCGAAUGCAGUACUAGUAUGCCAUGUUACUGAACCCUCUAAUAUUAGUGAUGGAAACGAUGUUGUAAGAAUCGCGAAGGAAAGGGGCCAAGCUCUCCAACAACAAGCUACAACAUUGGGGAGCACAAGCACCAAUGCCGCAACAAUGAUCGAGGUUACGGAUGUAAACAUUCAUCUAGACGAACAAGCCAGAUUCUUCCUGCAUCAUUGUAAGCUUGUAUUCUCUAUUCCUCCUCCUUUUACAUCCCUAUAUUCCAUUUGACCAUCGGCGUAACGAAUCAGUUCUCCACCAUACAUCCCAAUCGCUAUGUACCGUCACCACCGAAACAGGCUGGCUUACCUACGCCCUUACGAACCAGACGCUUUUCUAUGCUACGCUAUAUCAUUGGGUCUUACUUAAUCAGGAUUCCAUACCUGCAACAUACAAGCAGCCAGAGAAAUUACUGGGGUUAAAGGGCAGGGUUAUUGCGUUCAUUAAUAGUGAGAUGCAUAUGGGCGGGGGGAUUGGAGAUGAGGUCCUGGGGAGUGUUGCUUGUUUGGCUAGUGUAAAUGUAUAUUCCAAUAUCAGGUUGUAUUUGGGGAGUAGUGUGAAGACAUCUGGAAUCGGAAAGGAGCUAACGAUAUAAUAGUUGUUGAUUGGUGACUUUGAGGAAGCCAAUAUACAUUUUGAGGGAUUGAAAGCCAUGGUUUCCCGGCGAAAGGGGGUACGGAAUUUAGGGUUUGGUGGGUUGAUUGGGAGGCUUGUCAGAUGGUUUGUUUUAUCCCCACACUGAAACAUUUCCCUCCCUGUUUGUUUAAGUCGCGUCACUUCUUCUUGUUAGAUCUAACACAGAUUAUAGGACAGAUUCUUGUCGUGCCCAGAUCUCAAACUCCCAUCUCCUCCUAGAUCAAGAGCAAAAUCGCCCUGAAAUCACAUCCGUCAACGCACUUUCCCAUUCCAUCAUAGAAUCACAAAUAGAAUCCACAAUCAUCCAACGUCUCCGCGCCCUUUCUCAGGAAUUAACACAAUGUCCAAGAGAUCUUCUACCGCCAGAACGAAGAGUCAGCCUAGGCGAGCAGUUCCUAGCUUCUGACCGUGAACUACUCACGCUCAUACACGGGCAUACUUAUGCCGAGAAUCCUGGGCUGGCAAUUUUUGCACUGUCUGCGUUGAUUUAUUCGGAGUGUGUUUUGAGGGGCAUGAAGAGGGGGAGUAGGGUCAUUAAGACGAUUGUUGGACUUUUAAAAUGGAGGCUUCUAGAAUUCAAUGGGAUCUGGUGGAAUGAAAGACUUGGUUGGGCAGUGAUAAACGGUGUUUUGGCUACGCAGAAAGGAAGUCAGGAGGGAGAAUGGUUCUUGGGGUAUUGGGCUGGAAAUUUUGAAAUAGUCGGGGAGGUUUUGCAGAAGAUUGCGAGGUUGCAGGAUGUGGAGAAUGAGGACAGUCCGGCAGCUUUUUCCUGGAUCUUGGGAGAUGAGGUGUUGGAUAUAGGGCGGUAUGAUAAAUUGGUUCUAUUAGAAUGAUCUGAGGAGAGUUACUUGGCUGAAUUCUCAGGGAUGUAAGACCAUACACCAGCAAUACCGUCCAGAGCGAAGGUGUGAGAUUCCUUGACUUGGUAUUAAGGUUCUCC